CCGCACGACUCGAAUGGAUAAAGCGGAGCUCGCGAGCUGCAGUGAGAGAGAGUGUGUUUAUGUGUGAGUGUGUGAGUGACGGAGAGAGAGAGACUUCUUCAGCACGGUGUGUUUAGCUCGUGCUCGUGUUUACUUCGCGGAGGACGGUACCGAGGAGAAGCGCGAGUACUCGCGGACUAACAGCUCGCGGAGAGAGUUAACGCUAACUAAGCUAUCCUGCUGGAGAUACGAGGGGACUGACGGGGGUCUUCGCGGACGAAAGAGAAGAGAAAAGCGGACAGAAGGAAAGAAGCGAGCCGGGGGAAGGGAGCCAGAAGGGGGCUGUGGAGUUUUAACGCUUUAAAACGACUUUUUUGAGUCGAAACCGGCUCACUUUUAGUCGUUUUGGUGAAGUAACCCGCUAGUUAACAACACCGCUCGCUGCGAGUCUUCGACCCCCCUCACCACCCCCUCCCCACGCCAUCAUGGUGUGAGGAGCCCCGCGAGGCAGCAGCGCGAGAUACACACACCGAGAGAAACCCAGCGCGAGGAGAGGGAGAGAGAGAAAGAGAGAGGAAACGAGCGCCCGGGCGAUGGCGCGCGCCCCCGUCGCCGCCGUCUGCGUGCUCGUGUGCCUGGGCGCGUGGUGCGCACUGGUGUCGGUGGUGGAGGGCGCCGCGCGCCGCCUUAUCUGCUGGCAGGCGAUCGUGAAGUGCCAGGCGGAGGCCGAGUGCAACUACGCGUACGGACAGUACAUGCACGCGUGCGAGCCCGUGCUCAGCGGCCGCCGCACCAAGUGCCCGAGUCACUGCAUCGCCUCGCUCGUGCAGCUGAACCUGACGCGCGGCGGGCCCGCGCUCGAAGAGUGCAGCUGCAUCGACGACGAGGUGUGCCACAAGACCAAGCGCGCCAUCGAGCCGUGCAUGCCGCGCACGAGCAGCCUCGGGUGCACGGAGGCGCGGCGACAGUGCGACCGCGACCCGCAGUGCCGCGACUACAUGUCCAACUACCUGCUGCACUGCGGGAAGCUCUUCAGCGGCGCCGGCUGCACAAGCGCGUGCCGCCAGGUGAUCGCCGACAUGCGGCGCUUGCCCAAGGCGCAGCUGCUGGACACGUGCGUGUGCGACGGCACCGAACGGACCAUAUGCGAGUACAUCAAGCUCAAGAUGAAGAGCCUGUGCUUCGGCGAGCCGACGGUGGCCGACUACAACUAUGACGGAUCGGGCUCCGACGACGAGGACGACGACGACGAAUACGAGGACCGCAUCAGCAAGUGUCCUAUCCAAGGCGUGUCCUCGGCAGUUGGCAGGUCGGAUUUCCAGAGCUGGGGGGCGUCAUUGGGCCUGGUUGCUUUGGUGGGGUCCGUCCUGGUGCUGGUGCAGGCACCUAUAUAAGCUAAUUGCAACUGGGACAAGGCCAAGGCCAGUCUGUGGAAUUGGCUGGUCAGCCACUCGGGGAGCUCCAGCAGGUACUGGUACUGGUCAGAGGAAGUGAUUGGUCAAAAACCACACAAGCUACAAACAAAGCAGUCAUUGAGAAAGACUGGGAAAAGCUUUGCACAUGACCAGUCAGUCACCAGUGGUGAUCAGUGAUUGGUGAGACAUGGCACAAGCUACCUACAGUGGAGUCGGUGGAUAUGACUGGAUAGCGAAAUUGACUGGUUAAUUCAGUAGACUGGUCAGUGAGGAUGACACCCCAAAGGCAAUGGUGUCAGGUGGAAAUGACACCAAAAGUGACCAGUCACUGAAAGUGACAGGUCAGACAGACUGCCCACAGUGGACUGAAGGUGACUGGUCAGACCAGGGAAUUAAAAAAAAACUGACCUGUGAAAAAUGCUUCCUCUUCCACUGUAUGAUGCAAGUGACCAGUCACACUCCUCAUCAACCAGCAACCCUGCAGUCAGUGACAGUGACUGGUCAGUGAAAGUGACAGGUCAGACUCCUCACAAGCUACAGUGGUGGAGUCUGCACUGGUCAGUGAAAAGGGAUGGCCGGUCAGGGAACCGUUUUAAGGUGCAGAUCCGACCGAACGACUGUUUCGACUCUUCUUCGUCUCCAAAGAGGACACAUCUACCCUUGCAUGACACUUUGCUUGAGUUUUGUCCACAUCCCAAGGUUGGUCACGUUGCAUUUGUUGUCCCUCUCUAUGCAAACGUACCAGGUUCUGUGACCCCUCAGCUGCAGCACUCUUUUUAUUUCUAUAUUUUCUUCUAUCUAUAUUUAUUCCUCAAAGCUGAACUCUUACCUGCAGGUAACUAUGGAUUCCAACCAGACACCCUACCCUAUAGGCUAAGCUGAUUCUUAACACUACUGCCUUAAAAGCACAGACACUAUUGUAAGUGCUCUUCUCUCAUUGUGUCAAACAGGACACAACCAUGUUGCCUUCAAGAAAAAAAAGAGACUGAAAGCGAGUUAAGAGACUGUUAAAAGAGUUUUUAUAUAUUGUAUUACAUAGAGAUUUAAAUGUGCAAAGUUUUAAUCAGAAAGCUGUGCACUGCCAAUAUGAAAGUAAAUAUGAUAUAAAACUAUUUUUCUAUCUAAAAGUUGCCUUUGAGUGCGUGAAUGAAUAUAAUAACAUCUUUAUGUUAUGUUAAAGUGUUUGAAAGGCUGGCUGGAAUGAAGUACAAUAGACUAGUACUGUAUUUUUCAUUUUUUUAAGCAAUCAUUUGUGAAAGUACUGAAUAUAAGCAAUAUUUUGUACCGUGAAAUGAAAACCAUGAAAACAAAGGGUGAUGAUUCCAGCUUUAAAGGGAAGUUAUAUAUUUUAGAGAUUUGAUAUUUUUGUUGUAAUUGAUUUUUUUUUCUUUUUAAAAUGUACAGUGUAAAUAGAUUUGCAGAGAAUCUUUUUAUUGUGUUCUCAAAGAUGAAUUAUUGACUGUGUAGAAAUGUCUAAAUCCACUGUACGACUGCCUCGGUGAUGUACUUUUUAUAGAAGGCAUAAAAAACAAUGAAAGUACAAAGACUAAA